GCCCCGUCCUUUCCUCUCAACCAGUAACGAGAGUCUGCGCUUUUGAAGUCUGGCGCUGCAGAGCGCGGCUACCCGCGCGCUAUAAAUAAAAGUUAAGGGCCAAGCAGAGGCGGCCGGGCAGCGCCUUUGAGUGGGACCGGAGGAGCGCCGCGACCCCGCUCUUCCUCCCUCCGACUCCGCAGCUGCCUCCCCUUGGAGACAUGGCGUGCAUGGACAGAUGUCGGUGCUGCUCGGACUACCGACGGCAGAGCAGCAUUCUCUACAACAUACUGAAGAGCGAGGAGCAGCAGCAGGAGACGAGGAGCGGGCAGCAGCCCGCGCCCCAGCCGGGGCAGGAGCCCUACACGCCGGCGCCCGGGUGCUCGUGUGGCACGCAGCGGCGAGUGGCCCUCAAGAACCCGCAGGUUGCGUGCAAGGCAGCUUCGGCCGUCUUGGUGAAGACGCUGCGCUUUGUCAAGAACGUCCCCUGCUUUCAGGAGCUGCCUCUGGACGAGCAGCUGGUGCUGGUGCGCAGCUGUUGGGCUCCCCUGCUCGUGUUGGGGCUGGCGCAGGAUCGCGUGCACUUCGAGACUGUAGAGACCACGGAACCCAGCAUGCUGCACAAGAUACUGACUAACAAGCGCUGCGAUGAAGAGCACCGGCGGCGCAGGCAACUCCCGCUGCUCCGCGAGACCCAGGAGGAGUUGGAGCAGAGCUGUGGGAAUGGAAGUGGCAGCGGCAGCGGCAGCGGCAGCAGCAACGCCAAGCUACCGUCGGCGGCAGAGAUCCAAAGCAUCAAAGGUUUCCUGGCCAAAUGCUGGAGUUUGGACAUAAGCACCAAGGAGUACGCCUACCUCAAGGGGACGGUGCUCUUCAAUCCGGAGUUGCCAGGGCUGCACUGUGUGCAGUACAUCCAAGGACUGCAGCAAGAAGCACAACAAGCCCUAAAUGAACACGUCAGACUGAUUCACAGAGAAGACCAGGACAGAUUUGCCAAACUGAAUGUGGCUCUUUCCUUGCUCCGAUCAAUUAAUGGCAGUGUUAUUGCAGAACUCUUUUUUAGGCCCAUCAUUGGAACAGUAAAUAUGGAUGACAUGUUGUUGGAGAUGCUUUGUGCAAAAUUAUGAAAUCAUAUGUGAAUGAGGCAUGACAGUUCAACGUGAAAAGUCUGACAACAAAAUAGUGUACAGUAUUGUAAAAUAAACUAACUUAUUGUUUUUAAAGUGGCAAUAUUUUUGUAUUCAGCAAUGGAAUACUCUUUGAGUCCACUCUGUUUUAUUAAUUAGAAGUAUCUUAAAGCAUUUCAUCAGCACAUCUAAAUUUCCUUGAAAAAUAAAAGAACAUUUCUAUGCAUAUGUAGGAGUUCUGCAGGGUUCAAUGACUUUUUUGUAAGACAAGAG